CUCCCACGCGCUCCCUCCGCUUUACAUGGGGUGACGGCUCAAUCCAGCAGGAAUUAUUCCGCUUAACCGGCGUAGAUCUCAUUAUAUAAGCGUGGAGCGCCGCGCGGCUCCUCUUGUUAAACUGAACCGUCUGCGGGAGGAUUUGGGUCGUUUGGUUGAAUAAUCGGUCCCAUGUUUGAUGCUCUGCUCGUCGGCUUAAUCUGGCGGCGGAGCUGGGAGGUCAUUAACGCGCAGCCUGAGCUCUGACGUCUGUGUUUGUGCGCGUCCGUGCGCGUGUCACGUCUCACCGAUGCUGAAGACUUGGACCUUGUUUCAGACUAGUCUCUAAUCACUGUCACAGUGACUUGAUGUUCAGUUUGACACUUUUCAUAUCUGGCAUCAGAAUGUGAACAAACCGGUGACGGCAUCAUUAUGGCAGUAUUUUCAUCCUCCACGCUCCAUUUCCGCCUCCUCAUUGUAUAGUCUGAAGGCUCACGUGCCUUUUCAGAGGUUUUGCAUUAGAGAGGAGCGAUUAAGAUGAAAGUAGAGUGGAGACGAGGAGUCCCCGAGGAGUCGCUCUCUCCGGCAGAGGCGGCCUGUUUCUGCUUGUGAUGAGACAAUAAAAGCCCUGACACACUUAGUGCAUGGGCCGGAUAACGUUACAGGGUGAUCGGACCCGGAAACGCGGUGCAGGUGGGACUGAAGCACGCGCCGGGCGCCAGGAUCCGCGUGGAGACUGUGUCUGUGCUCCAGCUUCAGGCAGGGCUUUUAUUUUGGUAGUUUGGGCGUUGUGUGUCGUUGGUGCACGCUGAACACACAGUGCCUCGCUUUCACUUUCUAAUCAAAUAUUUAGCGCGUAAAGUGCUUUUCGUGACGAGCGUCCACGCUCCCUGCUCCACGCUGGUUUCCCACUAGAAUGAACGACACAGUCGCCGUACUGGAGAGAAGCAGAGUGGAAGAGGUGGACCUCAUAAUGCGGCCGGUGCAGCGUGAAUCACCGUCGCACAACCGGCACCUGAUCCGCCCCCAUAAGGGUGCAGGGUAGGAGGGAGGGGGACCGCCUCGCCCCGGCGUUAGGAUGGCCAGUGACGGCGCCACUAUUCCCAGCCCGGUCGUCCGCCAGAUCGACAAGCAGUUCCUGAUCUGCAGCAUAUGUCUGGACCGCUACGAGAGCCCCAAAGUGCUGCCCUGCCUGCACACCUUCUGUGAGAGGUGCCUGCAGAACUACAUCCCGGCUCACAGCCUCACGCUGUCGUGCCCCGUGUGCCGCCAGACCUCCAUCCUGCCGGAGAAGGGCGUGGCGGCGCUGCAGAACAACUUCUUCAUCACCAACCUGAUGGACGUGCUGCAGCGGGCGCCGGACAGCCGCAGCCGGGAGGCCGCCGCCCUCAGCGCCAUCACCACGGUGGCCACGGGCCAGCUGCUCUCGUGCCCCAACCAUGGCGGCAACCUGAUGGAGUUUUACUGUCCUCCGUGCGAGACGGCCAUGUGUCAGGAGUGCACAUGCGGCGAGCACGGCGAACACCCAACCGUGCCCCUGAGAGACGUUGUGGAGCAGCACAAGGCAUCACUGCAGGAGCAGCUGGGCGCCGUCAAGAAGAGGUUGCCGCAGAUCGACUCGGCCCUGCAGACGCUAGCAGAGAUCCUGCAGCAGCUGACCCAUCAGAAAAGCUCCAUCGAGGAUGAAAUCCACACGACCUUCGAUGAGCUGCAGAAGACCCUCAACGUCCGAAAGAGUGUUUUACUCAUGGAGCUGGAGGUCAACUACGGCCUCAAGCAGAAGGUGCUCCAGGCCCAGCUGGACGCCCUGCUGCAGGGCCAGGAGGGCAUCCACAGCAGCUGCAACUUCACGGAGCAGGCCCUGAGCCACGGCACGGAGGCCGAGGUGCUGCUGGUGAAGAAGCAGAUGAGCGAGCGCCUGGUGGAGCUGGCCACGCAGGAGCUCCCCCUGCAGCCGGGGGAGAACGACCAGCUGGACUUCCUGGUGGAGACGGACGGGCUGAAGAAGUCCAUCCACAACCUGGGGACCAUAGUCACCACCAACGCAGUGGCCUCCGAGUCUGUGGCUACGGGCGAAGGGUUGCGGCACUGUGUGGUGGGAAUCGCCACCUCCGUCACCAUAACCACCAAGGACAAAGACGGAGAACUGUGCAAAAUGGGAAAUGCAGUCAUCGCGGCUGAGAUCUCCUCACCCGAUGGAGGCAGAGGUGAAGGGGAGAUCCUGGACAACAAGAAUGGCACCUACGAGUACCUGUUCACAGUCCCUAAAGAGGGGACUUUUAAUUUGUCGCUGCGUCUGUAUGAGCAACACAUCAAAGGCAGCCCCUUCAAGAUAAAAGCCACCAAAACCAUAGACGUGUCGCCGACGGCCGACGGCAUGAAGAAGAGGCUGAAGUCUCCGGGAAGUGGGCACAUCAAGCAGAAGGCCAUCAAGAGGCCGGCCAGCAUGUACAGCACAGGGAGGAGGAAAGAGAACCCCAUCGAGGACGACCUCAUCUUCAGGAUCGGCACCAAGGGGAGAAACAAAGGGGAGUUCACCAACCUGCAGGGAGUGGCUGCCUCAUCUCUGGGAAAGGUGCUGAUCGCAGACAGCAACAACCAGUGUGUGCAGAUUUUCUCCAACGACGGCCAGUUCAAAAGUCGCUUCGGCGUCCGGGGCAGGACGCCGGGUCAGCUGCAGAGGCCCACGGGCGUGGCCAUCCACCCGAACGGUGACAUCAUCAUCGCGGACUAUGACAACAAGUGGGUCAGCAUCUUCUCCAGCGACGGGAAGUUUAAGAACAAGAUCGGCUCAGGGAAGCUGAUGGGCCCUAAGGGCGUGUCGGUGGACAGGAACGGCCACGUCAUCGUGGUCGACAACAAGGCCUGCUGCGUCUUCAUCUUCCAGGUCAACGGCAAGCUGGUCACCAAGUUCGGUAACCGCGGCAACGGUGACAGACAGUUCGCAGGUACACUCAACGGGCCGCACUUUGCUGCCGUCAACAAUAACAAUGAAAUCAUCGUGACUGAUUUCCACAAUCACUCAGUCAAGGUGUUCAACACUGAAGGAGAGUUCUUGCUGAAGUUUGGUUCCAACGGCGAGGGAAACGGACAGUUCAACGCGCCCACCGGCGUCGCCGUGGAUGUCAAUGGAAACAUCAUAGUAGCAGACUGGGGAAACAGCAGGAUCCAGGUGUUCGAUGGCAGCGGCUCCUUCCUGUCCUACAUCAACACAUCGGCGGACCCGCUCUACGGCCCCCAGGGACUGGCGCUCACCUCCGACGGUCACGUCGUGGUGGCUGAUUCUGGCAACCACUGCUUCAAAGUCUACCGCUACCUGCAGUAGCGCUCGCUCGGCGCGCUCCAGCCGCACCGUGUACAUAAAGGCAUCAUCACACGCGGAGCGGGUGGCAGCAUCUGCCCUCGCCUCCUCCUCCUCCAACCACCCAUGACGUGAGGCGACCUGUGAUGGGGACGCGGGAGAGAAUCAGCUGCAGUGCGGGUGAAGCCAGUGGACCUAUGUUACUCACAGACGCCUGCUACUGAUUGAUGCUUUGAGAAGUCACUCAUAAAUCUGUUCACAUUCCAUCUUCACUGUGCAUAUUAAAAAAGUAACUUUAGUGUUUAGUGUACAUAUAUUAGACAUUAGAGUUGUGGUGACAUGGCAGGAAAACUGGAGAGGACGCUAUUGGAUUGCAAUGAAUACUGGUUCACACUGUGACGUGGGGUUCAAUUAAAACUAAUGAUGCACUGCACCGACCUGAGGAAUAACAAAGUUCUGUUUAUAGUUCCAGUAACUGCAGCUAUGGUUAAAUGCUCUUCACAUUUUGCCUGUUCACCAAAAAAUAGAAAUGUUCCACCUACUGUAGGAAUCAGGGUAUUUUCAAGCAUGACUAGGCAUCACUGUGCCUGAGAAAAUGCUGUGCACAGGGUAAAAUAUGUUUUAGUCGUCAUCAGUUCUAUCUGCCAUCACUGUAAUUGUAAAAAACACAGUUCGCUAAAAUCCUUGGAGCGUGUUAUGAUCAGUGAAAACACCAAACGUAACCCAAUGGAUGUGCUAGUACGGGUGUGUCUUUGAGAAAUUAGAAGUUAGAAGAGUUGGUAGACGUCGCUGAACUGUGAUCACCUUCAUUCUUCCACGUGCUCUUACGUCAAAAAUGAUCUGCAGAUCAACAAAUAGGUUGUAUUUCUCUACCACAUGCAACUUGUAGUUCAACACUUUGGGUGUACUUUGUAAAAAUGCACUGUGCUUUCAUUGGAAAGCCUUGGUUAAAAAGUUUUGUCUUCAAGCACAGUUAUUGUUAUGUAACCUGAACUCAUUUUCUACACAAUCCUGUUAAAUUAUUUUUUCCAUUGUAUAUUUUAAAUGCCAAAUGGAAUUAAAGUGCCCAUAGGAAAGAAAA